UUCACAGCAAUCAGAGCAACCAAACAAAAACCAAAGGAUAACACCCAACUGCCUUCUAAGGAGUAUAACCAGUUUUAAACUUAAAAGAACAAUAUGGAUCUUAAGCAAUUGUACUCGUGGGUCUGCCUGCUGAUCAGCAUCAUCAUCUGCAAAGUGUCCGAAGCCAAGCCCACCUAUUAUGACCUGGAUAGCUACGAGACUUACGAUACCGAUCGCUACGACACAGACAGUGGCUCUUCGUAUGCUCUGACCUAUGGGAAGCCCCUAACGGAUAAUCGCCUCAAGAAGCUGAACCCGGGCUACUACUAUGUCGACGAUGGAUACAUCGCCCCGGUGGCCGGUAGCGUCGGCUACACCCGCCGUGAAGAUGGUAAUUCAGAAAGCGGUGCCCUGCCCCACAAUGUGAAGUUCAGUCCCAUUGUACGAGUGCGUCAGACCAAGACCAAGCGCAAGAAGCUGUUCGUGCCCAACUUCUUCGGCUAGAGGAGCUCUAUCUGGUCCUCCUGCCGGGACUGAGAGUACAGACUGAGGAUGAUUAGAGUAGACUUAGUUGUAGGAUUAGUCGCGUGGCUCCCACACCAAAAAGUACCUUAUACUUAUACUGUUAUCUAUUUUAGUCGCGGCCAAAUUUAUGACCAAAUUAUAUUUAUAUAUAGCAAAACAUACUAAAUAAAUAUACCCAAA